CUCUAUGUGGCCACUGAAGCCAUCCUCAUCGCAUUGGUGGGUGCAACUCCUCCCUACCACUGGGAUCUCCAAGAGCUCCCAGCUAAUCAGAGCCAUAGCAACCAGUCAGCGAGUGAGCAGAGAGCUUUUGGGGAAUGGCUUCUGACCGCCAAUAGCAGCGAGGUGCACGAGCACGUACACUUCAGCAGCAGCUUCACGUCCAUAGUCUCUGAGUGGUUUUUAAUUGGCAACACAUCGUACAAAGUCAGUGCUGCCAGUUCUUUCUACUUCAGUGGUGUGUUUGUUGGAGCAAUCUCCUUUGGGCAGCUCUCAGAUCGCUUUGGGAGGAAGAGAGUCUAUCUCACAGGUUUUGCGCUUGACAUCUUGUUUGCCAUUGCAAAUGGAUUUUCGCCUUCAUACGAAUUCUUUGCCAUCUCUCGCUUCUUGGUAGGGAUGAUGAAUGGUGGGAUGUCACUGGUGGCCUUUGUUCUAUUGAAUGAGUGUGUGGGUGCUGCCUACUGGGCGUUAGCAGGAUCUAUUGGUGGCUUGUUCUUUGCUGUGGGAAUUGCCCAGUAUGCUUUAUUAGGGUACUUCAUUCGUUCCUGGAGGACUUUGGCGGUUGUGGUUAACCUGGAAGGAACAGUCGUCUUUCUCCUCUCUCUAUUCGUUCCAGAGUCCCCCCGCUGGCUCUAUUCACAAGGCCGGCUGAACGAAGCAGAAGAUGCCCUCUACCUCAUUGCAAAGAGGAACCGCAAGCAGAAGUGCACUUUUUCGUUAAAACUCCCAGCAGAGAGGAGCUCCAGAGAGGCUGGCAGCUUCUUGGAUCUGUUCCGAUAUAAGAUUCUCCUGGGACGCACCUUGAUCAUGAUGUUUACCUGGUUUGUGUGCAGCUUGGUUUACUACGGUCUUACCCUUAAUGUGGGUGACUUAGGUGGAAGUAUUUAUGCCAAUUUAGCCCUUUCAGGGUUGAUAGAAAUCCCAGCAUACCCAAUCUGUAUUUACUUAAUUAACCAAAAAUGGUUUGGUCGGAAGCGAACAUUGAGUGCGUUUCUGUUCCUGGGAGGACUGGCGUGUCUUAUAGUCAUGUUUCUUCCUAAAAAGAAAG